CGGUCCUCAUGGCCUUUGCACCCAGAGGUCCUGAGGCCUCUUUCUUCCAGGUUUUGGACCAGCACAGGGCUUCCCUGCUGGCCGCCCUGAGGAAAGGCGGCAGGGAGCCCGCUGGCGGGGGGACGCACCUGGCCACUAGUUCUGAGGUUCUUGCAGCUAUAGAAAAUGUUAUCCAAGACAUAAUCACAAGCUUGGCAAGAAAUGAAGCACCUGCAUUCACAAUAGACAACAGAUCAAGCUGGGAAAAUAUAAAGUUUGAAGAUUCUGUGGGUCUUCACAUGGUAUCUCAUUGUACCACAAGAAAAAUCAAAAGUGAUUCACCAAAAUCAGUUAAAACUUUUGCGCUAAUUCUUAAAAUAUUGUCCAUGAUUUAUAAAUUAGUACAGAGCAACACUUACGCAACCAAACGAGACAUAUAUUACACCGACAGCCAACUCUUUGGUAACCAGACUGUUGUGGACAAUAUUAUCAAUGAUAUUUCCUGUAUGUUAAAAGUGCCGAGGAGAAGUCUGCAUAUAUUAUCUACAUCAAAAGGUUUAAUUGCUGGCAAUUUAAGGUAUAUCGAGGAAGAUGGCACCAAGGUGAAUUGUGCAUGUGCAACAGCUGUUGCUGUGCCAUCUAAUAUUCAAGGAAUUCAGAAUUUAAUUACAGAUGCAAAAUUUCUAUUAAUUGUAGAAAAAGAUGCGACAUUUCAGCGGCUCCUAGAUGACAGUUUUUGCACCAAAAUGUCUCCGUGCAUCAUGGUUACGGGAAAGGGAGUACCUGAUCUGAACACAAGACUUUUAGUCAAGAAGCUGUGGGAUACAUUUCACGUUCCUAUUUUCACUCUUGUAGAUGCUGAUCCACAUGGCAUAGAAAUAAUGUGUAUCUAUAAGUAUGGAUCUAUGGCUAUGUCUUUUGAAGCCCAUAAUCUCACAGUUCCAGCUAUUAGAUGGCUUGGUCUCCUCCCUUCUGAUAUCAAAAGAUUAAAUAUACCUAAAGGUACUUUAAUUCCACUGACUAAACAGGACCAAAUGAAACUUGACAGUAUCCUGAAGAGACCUUAUAUUACUUGCCAACCAUUUUGGAGAAAAGAAAUGGAAAUAAUGGCAGACUCUAAAAUGAAGGCAGAAAUUCAAGCUUUGACCUUCCUAUCAUCAGAUUAUCUUUCCAGAGUGUACUUACCCAACAAAUUAAAAUUUGGAGGAUGGAUAUAAAAAAUAUAUCAGAAUAUAUCUUGUGAUUGCAAGAGGCUUUUCGUUAGUUUUGUUUUCAGCAGUGGAUGCUGUUGUGGAAAGAACAUAUGGUCUUAAUAAAAUAAUUUCCGUCAAUUGUAUUUUUUGUCAAAAAAAUGCUGCACUCUAAUUUUCUUCAGAAGGCUUUAUUUUAUCCUUCUCUGUAGAGACUAAUUUCUAUCCUAUGUUCUAAAGUAAAUCAUAAAAGAAUGUAUGUUAUUUUGACUUUUAAAUUUUGUUUGAAAAAAAUGUUUACACAUGUCAUCAAAGUCUGCAGAAAUAUUUUAUUUACUUUCUACAAUACAAGUAAUGUUGAGGCAUGGAGUAUCUUAUUAGUAACAAAAAUAAUAAUAACCUAACUUUGAGAGGUUGCAAAUGAAUGAUAGUGUCCAGCAGUUUCUUCUUAGUUAUAUUUUCCUUUGUCUUCAUAGUAUAAGGGUCAUACCUCAUUCAUUUACUGUGAAAUUAGUAAUGUUUAUUAUGAAUAAAUAUUUGGA